ACAUAUGAAGAAUUAUUACCUGUGAUUAAAACAUGUCAAGAUUUCGAUCAAAGCUAUCAGUGUUUGCAGCGAGCGUAUAGAGCUCGUCCGGCUUCUGUAACUAAUGUGGAUCGAUAUAGUCGUGAAAAUAAUGCUGGAAUAUCAGCCACUACUACUGAUAGAAAUUCAGAAGGUGAUUGUCGAGAUUCGUCUAUUGUGGUUUCGAAAGAUCAAACAGGUAAACCACCUAGAAAACGUCUUUAA